UUCUAAAACACAUACGUUUAAAUCGCAUAAAUAAAGGCGGCGUAAAUCAAUCUCAAGGGAGAGAGAAGUGAGAGAAGAGAGAGAGAGAGAGAGAGAGAGAGCGCGAGCGGUAGAUGAAAAGUUUGCUCGUCCGAGAUGUAUCUUGCUCGACUAUCGAGAAGAAGCAAGGAGAUCCUGACUACGCGGGUAACGCGGCGAAGGAUCUUGUCCAGCGAAACGUCCCGCAGAUCGGUCACGAAGAUGACGGUGCGCGACGCAUUGAAUAUGGCCCUCGACGAGGAGUUGGCUCGGGACGAGAGGGUAUUCAUAAUAGGAGAAGAAGUCGCGGAAUUCGACGGCGCUUACAAGAUAACGCGUGGUCUCUGGAAGAAAUACGGCGACAAGAGAUUGAUCGACACACCAAUCACCGAGGCUGGGUUCUGUGGUAUCGCCAUCGGCGCGGCACUCCUGGGCCUAAAGCCGAUAUGCGAAUUUAUGACCUUCAAUUUCUCCAUGCAAGCCAUCGAUCGCAUCGUCAAUGGUGCCGCAAAGAAUCUCUACAUGUCCGCCGGAAGAUACCCCGUUCCAAUCCUAUUCCGAGGGCCGAACGGUAACGCCAAAGGUUUGGCCGCGCAGCACUCUCAAUGUUUUGCCGCGUGGUUCAUGAGCGCACCCGGCUUGAAAGUCGUCUCACCGUCGACCUGCGAGGAUUACAGAGGCUGCUUGAAGGCGGCUGUGCGAGAUCCCGAUCCCGUAAUCAUGCUGGAGAGCGAGCUACUUUAUAACAUUGAAUUCCCCGUAUCCGACCAAGCGAUGGACAAGGACUAUCAGAUACCUAUCGGCAAGGCUAAGGUGGAGAAAGCUGGCAAGCACAUCACUCUAGUUACGCACGGCCAGGCAUACGUAUAUACACUUCAAGCAGCCGAGUUGUUGGCUGGACAAGCGGGUAUUGAAGCGGAAGUUAUCAAUCUACGCUCGCUGAGACCCUUGGACUGGGACACGGUGUUCAAGUCGAUCGGCAAAACGCACAGACUAAUGACUGUCGAACUGGGCUGGCCUAGAUGCGGAGUAGGAUCCGAGAUCGUCGCGACGGUGAUGGAAAAUCCAGUCUUCUUUCAGCUCGACGCACCUGCGAUUCGGUGCGCCGGCAUCGACGUUCCAAUGCCUUAUUCCGAGAAGAUCGAGUACGAAUGUACUCCCAAGGAUCACCAUAUAGCCGACUAUGCUAAACGCAUCUGUGGCACAAAAUUCUGAUAUAUUCUAAUUUAUCAAUUUAUAGAAUAAAGUUUCUCACUCACUGAAA